GCCCGCCGUCCGUCGCCGCGGUGACCGUCCUCGGAGUCCGUCGGCUCGCGCCCCGCCCCCGUUCUGCUGCCCCCUCCCCUGUGGCGCGCGGGGGGUGUUUCUCGCUCCUCCCGAGUUGCCGCCGCCGCCGCCGUCGCCGCCGCUCCUCCUCUCCCAGGCUUGGGUUUCCCAGGCGUUGCGGCCGCCGCUACCUCUGCGGUCUGUGUGAGGAGGAGGAGGAUGUGAAGAUGGCGGAGCUGCAGAUGCUGCUGGAGGAGGAAAUCCCGGGGGGCCGCCGGGCCCUCUUCGACAGUUACACGAACCUGGAACGGGUGGCGGAUUACUGCGAGAACAACUACAUCCAGUCAGCAGAUAAGCAGCGAGCUCUAGAAGAAACCAAAGCCUACACCACCCAGUCCUUAGCAAGUGUUGCCUAUCUGAUAAAUACCUUGGCCAACAAUGUCCUACAGAUGCUGGAUAUUCAGGCAUCCCAGCUGCGGAGGAUGGAAUCUUCAAUCAAUCAUAUUUCGCAAACUGUUGAUAUUCAUAAAGAGAAAGUUGCAAGAAGAGAGAUCGGUAUUUUGACUACCAAUAAAAACACUUCAAGGACACAUAAAAUUAUUGCUCCGGCCAAUCUUGAACGACCAGUUCGUUAUAUUAGAAAACCUAUUGACUAUACAAUUCUAGAUGAUAUUGGACAUGGAGUAAAGUGGUUGCUUAGAUUUAAGGUGAGUACCCAGAAUAUGAAGAUGGGUGGGCUGCCGCGAACGACACCUCCAACUCAGAAACCCCCCAGUCCCCCCAUGUCAGGGAAGGGGACACUUGGGCGGCACUCCCCCUAUCGCACACUGGAGCCAGUGCGUCCUCCAGUGGUACCAAAUGAUUACGUACCUAGCCCAACCCGUAAUAUGGCUCCCUCGCAGCAGAGCCCUGUGAGGACAGCUUCUGUGAAUCAAAGAAAUCGAACUUACAGCAGCAGCGGCAGUAGUGGCGGAAGCCACCCGAGCAGUCGGAGCAGCAGUCGGGAGAACAGCGGAAGCGGGAGCGUGGGCGUUCCCAUCGCUGUUCCCACGCCCUCUCCGCCCAGUGUCUUUCCAGCCCCUGCUGGCUCUGCUGGUCCUCCUCCCCUUCCUGCUACUUCUGCAUCCGCCCCUGCCCCUCUUGUUCCUGCUACUGUCCCUUCCUCCACCGCCCCAGAGGCUGCUGCUGGGGGUGCCCAGACCCUUGCUGAUGGCUUCACUUCUCCAACUCCCCCUGUUGUUUCUUCCACUCCCCCGACAGGACAUCCUGUUCAGUUCUACAGCAUGAACAGACCUGCCUCUCGCCAUACUCCCCCAACAAUAGGGGGCUCAUUGCCCUAUAGACGCCCUCCUUCCAUAACUUCACAGACAAGCCUUCAGAAUCAGAUGAAUGGAGGACCUUUUUAUAGCCAGAAUCCAGUAUCUCUGGCUCCUCCUCCUCCCUCCGUCCUACAGGUAACUCCUCAGUUACCUUUAAUGGGAUUUGUGGCCAGAGUCCAAGACAAUAUUUCAGAUACACCACCUCCACCACCACCUGUGGAAGAACCAGUCUUCGAUGAAUCCCCUCCCCCACCUCCUCCCCCAGAAGAUUAUGAAGAGGAGGAAGCAGCUGUGGUUGAGUAUAGUGAUCCUUAUGCUGAAGAGGACCCACCGUGGGCUCCAAGGUCUUACUUGGAAAAGGUUGUGGCAAUUUACGAUUACACAAAGGACAAGGAAGAUGAGCUGUCGUUUCAGGAAGGCGCCAUCAUCUACGUCAUCAAGAAGAACGACGACGGCUGGUACGAGGGCGUCAUGAACGGCGUGACCGGGCUCUUUCCCGGCAAUUACGUGGAGUCCAUCAUGCAUUAUUCGGAGUAAAGCUCAGCAGGGCUGUGUUUGCCUCACAGGACUGGUCAGGUCUUCCCGGAUUAGCAAAAGGCCCUGGGGAUUCCCCGCCAGUGAACCGAAGGAAGGACACAGAUGACACGAACUGCUGACGUUUUUCUGGUUGAUUCCCCAGUGUUAAAAAAGCAAGCUGAAUCCCAACAAACGGAUCUUUCUGCCAUUAUUUGUUCUAUAUGCUGAGCUGUUUGCAUUAAAAUAAAGUGACCGUUUCUAAAUCUGGCCGAGGCACAACGGCAUAGAACUCUGUAAAGCAAAUCAGGUUAAGACUGAUUCAGAAAAUCUGGGAUCUUCCUCAGGAAUACUCUGCACCCUCGGGAUUUCUCCUCCUGCAGAACCCGCGGCACUGGCUGUUCCCCAGUGCCUGUGCGAGGGGGCAGCGUCUGGCCCCAGUGCUGUGCCCUCGCCCACCUGCUUCCACUUGGAUGAGGAGGAGUGAACUAGGAUUUAACUCUCGUACUUCACCAUUUUUAUAACUUUCGAUGGCUUCUUUCCUCCUAACCCUGUAAAUCCCGCGUUCUCUCGGCACUGGAGUGCGCUCCGGGAGUUACUGCUGCUGACUCGCAUCCCUUCGUGUUUUUCAGUUUGUAGACUGGGGGUGACGAAGUGAGUCCCCAAACAUUCUGAGGGUGGUCACUAAUCGCUGGUUUGGUUUUAAUGCGCUGCUGCUGCUGCUGCUGCACGAGAGCGCGCUGCCGCCGAUGCUUGUGGGCCCCGACAUGUGGCGUGUGCGCGCCGGGUUCGCGGGACGGGGCGGGCGUGCGGAGCUAGACGGGAGGCUCCCGAGGCUCCCCAGGCUCCCCGAGACCAACCUGGAGAGAGUGUUGGGUUCCCAGACGCCCUAGACUCUUGCCUUAGGCACUGUUUCCGGAGUAGAAUCUUGGGAGGUCAGACCAGCUCUUUCUUCUUUCACUAUUUAGGAAAACAUUCUUUUUUGGAAAAUCGCAGUUAUUUCCAAGUCUCUUGACAGUCCCUGGGAAUCAGAGGCUUGCACUGCGCUCCCUGAGUGGUGGUAACGGCCAGGGUCAGCUGCCGCGGAGCUUACUCAGUUCUGAGAGAGGGAAAUGCUCUCCCGGGCUGUGAUUGGCUUUUGAAUUCGCUGCUCUUAUUAAGAAUUUGAACCUUCGAUCUCGGACUAAGACUAGUGGAAUAAAAGGUAGGAGGCCAAAUAUUCUUCCUAUUACGUAGAUAAAAAUUAAGAAAAUUUGGAGCAAAACAGUAUUUUUUUCUGUCUGUACAAGUUAUAGCUUCACAUUCAGUGCAGUUUGUAAGGCAGACGGCUCUGAUCAUCACUUCUGUAAUCAUGUAAGAAAUACUGAAAAGGCCCGAGAGGGCUCGCUGCUCGCCAGCAUCCGGGCCGAGCUCUAGAGCCCAGCGCGGCCGCGGGUUGUCCGCGGCCCAGGAGCUUUGCCAGGUCAUUCCCCAGUGCUGGGGGCAAAGGGGAAAGGCAGUGACCACAUUUAUUUCAAAUGAAGGCCUUGGACAGGAUAGCGCAGGUAGAGGAAUUUGAUUACAAAAUGGAACAAGAGCACUCGUGGGUGAGGCCUUCGGGCGGCGCAAGCAGAAGUUAGUAUUCCACUUGUAGAUGUUUUCUGAGCACAAAACUUCAUCACCGCUUAACAGGCCUAGAUACAGAGUUCCCCUGUCAAGACUUUGUUUUAAUGUUGCAGGGGUUUUCCCCCACACGUUGCAAGUUAGCGAUUUUGCUUUUAGAUUUCUCUGGCACUUUGAAUUGGGAAUUUAGUGUUCAUUAACUUGCCUCCACUUCAGGCUUUUGUUAGGUCUUGACAUUCUUUAUGUCCUGUUUUCCUUUCAAGUAGCGGCCCCGAGUGUCCCCUGAGCCUUCAGGUUCAUUAUGGACCAAGACUAUCCACUUGGAUAGGUUAAGCUCUUCUUGGUGUUGGUGUAAAACUAGGGAAACUGUUUUGAAAUUUAGAUGUGUUCCAGUUUUUACUUAAAUAGCUUUGUGCUGAGAAAGCUUAGUGGAUAUUUAAGGCAAGAGGGUAUUUUGAAAUCCGGUAUAGUAUUCACAGCUCACACCUACAGAAGCAGGGAAGAUAAUUGUGCAGAAAAGUUGGUGGCGGUCAGCUCGCCGGUUGGGCCCCGGCUGGACUGUGGCGCGCGGGAGACGCCGGCGCAGCCCUUCCCACUGGAGACCUGCAGCGGAGGGGCCGCCGGGGUCAGCCGACUUCUCGCUAUUAUUUAGUACUAAUGUGUACAAUUGUUUUAAAAACACCUUUGAGUUUUCUGCAUAUUCUAAAUUUCUGUACAGUUUUGAAUUCUAUAUAUUGUCUUGGAAGGAUGCUAUGUAAUGAUGAUGAUGGGCCAGGCCUACAGUAAUUGGAGACUUUUAAUGUAUGUAAUAUUUCACAGAUUGCAUGCUAUUAAUAGUCUGUGAAGGUAGUAUUUCUUGAUUUAUCGUAGGUUCCCCCUGUUUGUCUUUUUAUGAACUACAGGAUGGUUGGUAGUAGGAAUUCCAAAUGGAUGCAGAACUCUUACGGGAUAUAUAAUAUUGUGGCAGAGAUGAUCCACGUCUAGGCUCUGCUGACUUGCAAGCAACCAUUUUAACAGGAUAGAGGGAAUCUAAUGGCAGUGGGGAUUUUUUUUCCAUCUGAAGUGCUUUUUCUUUAAAAAAGAAAAAAAAGAAGUGACUUAAGCGUCCCUGUUCCCCCUCCCCACCCCACACCUUUUUGGUACUACUAUUUGAAAGGCCACGGGGGAAUGAAUGAAAAUACCCUUUUUUGUUGACCUUAUGGCAAGGCAAUCAAUCAAAAACCAAAACAGUGUCAAGAUCUAGACCCGAGAGAUUCCGCCUGCUGAUUUGGAGUACAUAUGAAUCUUUUAAGAGGACUUGUUCCGUGGAGUCUCCAUUUC